CUUUUCCAAUAGUUCUUCAAGCCCACAAAUUUGCUAACCCGACGUCUCCACUAGACAGAAAUGUCUUGCCAUUUUGCUGGACAGAUGUGUCAUGACAGAAAUGUUCUCUCGCUGUUUGCAUGGAAAACAGCGGUGUUGAUCAUUUCUGUUACGUUUUCUCUUUCUGGCAGCAAAAUGGCAAGACAUUUCUGUCUAGUGGAGACGUAGGGUAACCCUAUCUUUCCCACAUUUGUCAUAAUCAUUUCCCAACAUUGACGUUCGAGAAUCUUUCUGCAAGGUUUUCAAAAUGCAUGGACAAAAAAAACUGUGGUCUGGGGGGUCCCGGUUGGGUCGUAUGAAUAAAAAGUAGUAAUCUUAAGUUUACUACAAUUGUGGUAGUAAAUACUACUUGUGGAACAUGUUGGUAUGAAUAAAAGACACUUUACUACACUACAACUUUCGAACAUACUACAAACAGUUUAUUUGGUAUGAUUAAAAGUAGUGUUUACUACAGGUUUUGGCUUUACUACUUGUAGGUAGGUCUUGAUGUUGCUACUCUAGCGCACAGUGAGCAGUGGGUCGUAUGAAUAAAAAGUGGCGAACUUUACUACUUGUAGUAUCUACUCAGAAGUAAAGUCCACAGUGUUUACUACAUGUUUGGUAUGAAUAAACCAAAAUUCGAACAUGUAGUAAAUGCUACUUUCGAACUUAGAGUUUACUACAUGUGUGUAGCAGAGAUCUGUCAAAACAAAUCGUUUGUUGUUUUCGCGACUUCUGAUCUGCGCGGUGGUGAAAGUUUCGUCAGUUUCGCGAUGGAGGAUAAUUUUGAGGUGCUUCGGUCCCUGGAAAUCGGUUUAACCGAUGCCGACGAUCAUCAGACCCUUCAAGAGGACGAGGCGGACGAAACGGUCCAUGAUGUUCCGGGAAAAUCCAGUAACAUAAGCGAUUUGGAAUUCGUCACUGCGGUGAGCCGACUGGGAAGUGUUUUGCUCACCAAAAAUCAGACUCCCCAAAUGAAAAAGAAAAAAUCCGAUGCAGUCAAGGAGAUUGCGAUGCAUUUUUUGGUUGAGAAGGGACUGGAUUUGACCGAAAAACAAAUCAUCAAAAAGGUCAAUAACAUGAAAUCCAGGAUUAAGACUAAAACAGACAAGAAGGCCACUGGGAACAAAAAAAUCUCCUUGAAUCCUGGAGAGCAAAUAAUGUACAACCUCCUAGGUGCUGAAGACAACCCAGCGGUAACGAAAGUUAACUACGGGAUUUCAGUUGGAGCUGACAAAAAGGUCCUUCAUGAACACAACAGUAAUGCUUCGGAUGAAGAACUGCAUCCAGCUACGUCAACUUCCACAACAAAGAAGCUUCCUACGCCUCUCAUCUCUUCACCUCGAACCCUUGCUGCCCUAUCCAGUGCCGAGGACAUGCUAACUCCGCCUCCGCCGAAGAUCAAACGCCUCAAAACGAAUGGAACCAGGCCAGUCAAGUCCCGUCCGGAGCAAGAAAAUCUGUCAACAGCUCAACUACAUCGACUGGUUCUGGCCAAGCAGCUUGAAGCUCUGGAUCAACAAAUGCGUGUUAAUACAAAGCUGGAGACGGUGCUGGACAAAGCCGAAGAAAUUUUGAAUAAUUACAUAACUCCAAAAUAAAAUAUGUAUAUGAAAAAUAUUUUUCUGAAAAUAAAACGGGUAUUAUGCACAAUUAAAUCUAAAGGUUGGACGACUUUUUUACUGGAAAGUGUGCAGUAAUUCCAAUAAUGAGCAAAGCAGAUGUUUUCGAAUACCUCCGGGUCUCCUCUAGUAAAUACUAGAAUUUCUGGAAUUCCACCACAGGUUCUUUCUGGUAUUCCUCCAUCAAUUCCUUCUAUGAUUCCUCCAAGAUUUCUUUAUAAGUUUUAUCCAGGGAUUCCUUCCGGGAUUCUUCUUGGAAUUCCAGGAUUCCUCCAGAAAUUCCUUCUGAGAUUCCUCUAGUAAAUCCUCCAGAACUUCCUUCCGGGAUUCUUCCAGGAGUUCCUGCCGGCAUUCCUUCAAGAUUUCCGUGAUUCCUCCAAAAAUUCUUUGCAGGAGUUCCUUUGGCGAUUCCUUUUGAAAAUCCUCCCGGGAUUCCUCAAGGAGUUUCUUCCGGAAUUCGUACAGGAGUUUCUUCUGUGAUUCCUCCAGGAGUUCCCUCCGGGAAUCUUCCAGGAGUUCCUUAAGGGAUCCCUCCAAAUGAUCCUUCUGGGAUUUCUCCAGAAGAUUCUUCCGGGAUUCCUCCAGGAGUUCCUUCUGGGAUUCCUCUAGAAGUUCUUGCCAGGAUUCCACCAGAAGAUCCUUCCAGGAUUCUACCAGGAGUUCCUUCCAGCAUACAUCCAGAAGUUCCUUCUGGGAUUUCUUCAGAAGAUCCUUCCGGGAUUGUUCCAGGAGUUCUCUCUGCGAUUGCUUCAGAACUUUUUUUCCGGGAUUCCUCCAGGAGUUCCUUUUGGGAUUUAUCCAGGAGAUCCUUCCAGGAUUCUUCCAGGAGUUUCUUCUGUGAUUCCUCCAGGAGUUCCUUCCAUGAUUCCUCCAGGAGUUCCUUAAGGGAUUCCUCCAAAUGAUCCUUCUGGGAUUUCUCCAGAAGAUCCUUCCGGGAUUUCUGCAGUAGUUCUUUCCGGGAUUCUUACAAGAGUUCCUUCUAGCAUUCAUCCAGAAGUUCCUUCUGGGAUUCCUUCCGAGGAUCCUUCCGGGAUUGUUCCAAGAGUUCCCUCCGCGAUUGCUCCAGAACUUUUUUCCGGGAUUCCUCCAGCAGUUUCUUCCAGUAUUCCUUCAGAAGUUCCUUCCGUAAUUGCUCCAGAAGUUCCUUCCGGGAUUCCUCCAGGAGUUCUUGCGGGAUUCCUCCAGGAGUUCCUUCCGGGAUUCCUGCAGGAGUUCUUUUAAGGAUUUCUCCAGGAGUUCCUUCCGAGAUCCCUCCAAAUGUUCAUUCCGGGAUUCCUCAAGAAGUUCCUUCAGGGAUUCUGCCAGAAGUUCCUUCUGGGACUUCUUCAGAAGAUCCUUCCGGGAUUCCUCCAGCAGUUUCUUCCGGGAUUCCUUCAGGAGUUCCUUCCGUAAUUGCUC